UGCUCUCUGUGCAAUCGAGUUGUAAAGACGUUCAACCGACGAAAACGACCAAAACGGCGGUUUCGGAAUUAAUAUUUGUGGAGUAAUAUUAUAAUUACUGCCAUAAUGUUUAGUUUUCAGAUAUAAAUGACAAUCAAGCUUUUACUACAAAUAAUAAUGAUACAAGAUGGUAGAAUACCAAAUAUCACAAGCCCUUGCAGAUUAUUUCAUGGCCAAUAAUCCUACUUUACUGUGAGCAAAGCAAACACAUUUAGAGGUCAAAUAGAAAGGGGUUGCGAAUUUCCACUUUGCAAUAGACCCUAACAAACGGACAUUUUAAGAGAUCCAGAAAAUCAAAAGAUUUUACUUUCGUAUGCUUACUUGUUCCACUCAAAAUAGAUAUGCACUUUAUAAUGUUAAGAAGCUGUUUUAACAGCAAUUCGACUCAAAAGAGCCACACUGGUCACUCCCCCCCUAAAGUACUCACUACGAUUAAAUAAGCUUAAAACGUAAAUACAUAUAUCUGUAUUCAAACCUAACUCCCUGGAGAACAUACCAUAUACAUAUAAACAAACCAUGAGCUCUACAAAUUCUCCAACUGUCCCAAAGGUACAUCGGUCUCAACAUAUUCAACAAUUUCAACGGCGAGUAUUCGGUAAAUUGUUAAAUGAUAAAGGGUUUAGCAGACAAAAUCGAAUGCAGUUGACCUUAAAUGAAAGAUUGGGGACAUGUACUAUUUACAAAUAUUGCCGGAGGCUACAAAAGUGGAAUUGUGUUACCAGGAAACCGGGAAAUAUGACUGUUAGCACUCUUGGUAAAGCGAAGGAGCUAACGCCGAAACAUAGACUGACUUUCUGGAGAUUGGGCGUUAAUUACAGCAUAAUGACAGAUUCAAUACAUACGAUAAUGUUAUUGUUUGCUGUUAUAAUGACUGUUUUGAUAUCGGAAAGCACUGUUCUAGCAUCGCAACGGGACUCAGUUAAACAAAAAAAUUCCAACAACCUGAGUAGUAAUAUACCUACGGUAAGCGGGGUUGAUAUCAAUGGUAACUUUGAUAGCAUUAGCGAUGCCAACACCAUUAGGUCUAGAAACAAUGCAAGCAACGGAAACCCUGAUAUCAAUGUUUCAUUAGCAGCGGCUGAUGAUAUACGUAAUAAGGCCAAUUAUGUCACACUGUCACCGAUCGUCACUUCAAGUACCGCUUUCGUAACUGUGGGAGUAUUUAGUACAGUGAGCAAUUCGGUAUAUUAUGGAGGUGUGCAGAAGAACAGUACCGCACAUUAUUCGGGGACAUCCAUCGUCAAUCGUAAUGUGAUUGAAGUAACAGAAGAUAAUCGUAAUGGUCCAUACUUUGACAAAGCUGCAUCGAAAAAUAUAACAGCACUUCUCGGAAAAACGGCAUAUUUAAAUUGUCGUGUGAAAAAUCUAGGAAAUAAAACGAUGCUCUUGCAAGUUUCUUGGGUGCGGCAUCGAGACAUCCACUUGUUAACUGUUGGACGGUAUACAUAUACAUCUGAUCAGCGUUUUCGUGCUAUACAUCAGCCACAAACCGAGGACUGGAUUUUGCAAAUUAAGUAUCCUCAACAUCGAGAUUCUGGUAUAUAUGAGUGCCAAGUUUCAACCACGCCACAUAUGAGCCAUUAUAUUCACUUGAAUGUUGUCGAACCUUCUACGGAAAUCAUUGGCGCGCCGGAUCUUUAUAUAGAGAGCGGUUCAACAAUAAAUUUAACUUGUGUAAUAUUAAAUUCUCCCGAACCUCCUGCGUACAUAUUUUGGAAUCAUAAUAACGCUAUUAUCAACUACGACUCUCCUCGUGGUGGUGUCUCGGUAGUAACAAAUAAAGGGGAAACUACUACUUCUUUUCUGCUUAUAAAAUCUGCUCGGCCUUCAGAUUCCGGACACUAUCAGUGCAACCCAUCAAAUGCAAAACCUAAAAGUGUAACGGUUCAUGUACUGAAUGGUGUUUCUCAUUCCGUUUCCAGGGGAGUUCCCAGCAGCAAUGCAGCGCGCGGGCCCAGUAUAUCUUCGAAUGUCCCAAAGUCGAUAUCUCCUAGUGUACCUGUCAAUGUACUUAUGCACCUUAGCAUAUGUAAAGUGGUAUAUGCAAACAUUGGCAGCAGUUGGGAUCAAGAUAGCAGGAAUUUGAAGCAUCUUGUUGCGUGGGUUUUAAACAUACUCGUGUUGCUGGCAACCGAUAUGCUUGGAAAGCAAGUUAAACGAAGAAAGUUUGGAAUGAUUAAUACCUGCGGCUGCUACUUCAAUGAUAUACAACUUAAACAAAAUUUACUCCUCCAAAAGUCGAAAUCAAAUAACAAUAGUCAUAACGGAGAGGGCAACUUACGAAAUUUAUUUUAUAAUACUACUAUUUUUAAGUCGAUGAAACACUUUAACGAUGUACAUACUUGUAAACUGUUUAACAGACCUAUAUUUGAACCAGAUAUCAGGUGAGUGCGUUUCGAUUUAAUGCCUUUUACUGGUCCUAGCCAUGUUACCGAGAAAGCGGGCAAAGUAAGCUCAAACAAUCCGAACUAAACUUGACUAAAGUGAGUUUUAUAAUGAUAAUAAUAUCCAUCGCAUUUUUUUGUAUUAUGUGUAUUGUAUAUUUUGGGUAUUUUAUUCCCUUGGGUUUCCAACUAAAAGGGAAACCGAACUUUUUUGUAAUCGAAUAAAAGUAUUAGGUAAAUUUGGGUAUUUGUAAAGUUACUUAUAAGAUAUAUUGUAAAUAAAAAUAAUAUAAUACACUAAAUAAUAAUGAACCAAAAAGAGAAAAAAAACAAAAAAAAAGCGAAAAGAUAUUGUUUCAAGAUAGAUUAUGAAAGAAUAAAAUUCUAAAUUGCUAAAACCUAUGAACUAAUAAAGUUAGAGAAAAUUAUUAACUAAAAAAUAACGACAAUUGUAUGCUAAAUAAGCAUAUAUAACUAUCCUUAAGAGAGAACUCCAAUUUGCUUGGUACACCAAAUAUAUAUUUGGGUAAAUAUUACAUAUUAAUUUGUUUUAAUAUGUUUUUUUUUUUAAUUUUUACAUAUUAUUAACAAUUAAUAAAUUCAUUUGUCCGAUUUUAUAAUCGGUAGAUGCUUAGUUUUUCUAUUAUACAAUUCAUAAAUCUUUGGAACAGGUAAAAUUACACAUAUGUAUGCUCUCUAUUUGUUUAAGCAUGUUAAAUAGUUAUAUAAUAGCUUAGAAGUGCAUGAGAUGUAACAUAUUUUACUAAGACAGUAAAUUAAAUUGUUAUACGGAAUAAAACCGGUUGCUUUACCGAAGUUUUUUCGAUACGGCAACAGAUCAUAUAAUAUAGUACGUAUUCUCAUUCCAAAUGUACCUAACUCGCAACGCAAUUAUCAAUAUGUACAGUAUUUUUAUUUUCUUAAAUUAUAAAUUUGACAUUAUUCAUCAUUAAUUUUAAUUUUACUGGUAUAUGAUACAUAUAAUAGUUAAAUCCAAUGUGGUUUAUUUUCAUCCUUCAGAAAUCUUCGCGCGACAAGUUAAUUUAAAAAAUACCAUCAAGAUAUUUUAUGUAUGUGUUCCAAAUUUGAGAUAUAGAAUGCACCUAUUUUCCAUGCAGUUAGCGCCAAUAAAGAAUAUGAUGCGAUGCUUUUCCCCGACAGUUGAAUAACAGGUGUGUGUUAUUACUUUGUAAUUAGUAUAAACCACAAACUACAAAAAUUACACGAGUAUCCUUUUGUCAUUAGAAAAUCGUUAUAUAAUUAAGUUAUAUAUAAAUCUGAUGUUUUUAUGACUGUUUACAGAUGUAUUAAAUUAUUAAUAUUUGAACAUUCAACAACUAUGUAUUUGUGAUAUAUCGAUUUCGUAUAUUUAGUGGUUCUUCCCUAUUUUUUGCAUUAUAUUUCGCACAAAUCAUGGACUUAUAUUUAACAAUUAUAUAUGACUAUCUCGGUGUUAUUAUAAAAUUUCUGGGAUUCACAAUAAAUUAUUGUCUUUUAAUUUUUGAUUACAUAUUUGCUGAGUAGUUUGAGGUUUCAGUGCAAUUACUAUAUUGAAGUCAAGGCGAGAUCAUACAUCCAUCUGGAUUAGUGCUUGUAUUUUCAUUAUUUCUUUUAUCUGCAGAUUACUGGUUUCCAGUUUUCAAAAGCUCAAUUCUCACGAAGAGAGCUUUAAAGAAAAUGAAAUAUGAAAAAAAAUAUAACUGACUGCCAGAAACUAUAAAAAGUUUAUCAAAACUUAAGCAGUUAAAGAUUUAUAAUACAUAUCGAGCUAGAACCAACAAACUAAUUUAGACAAAAAAUUUCAAAUUUUCAGGAAAUAUCUCGCUUAACGAAAUUGAAUGAAAUAUGUUAGACGUAUACCCCCCUCCCCCCUUUUACGGUUUAAAACUUCACUCAAUUGAAUUGAAAUUAGAUCAGUUUAUCUAUUAGGAACUUCAACUGUUUUUAUUAAAAUGGAAAUUAGUUUCGAUUUAUAUUACGUUGACCAAAAUGCUCGUGAUUCCUCAAAUCCAUUUGGACUUCCUAACAGCAGGAUAACCAAAGUUUUAUGGACAAAUGAAUUGCUUCUAAAUAAUGUUAAGUUAUUUUUGUUUAAAUCAAAUUGAAGCUUGCCUCAUCCAGUUCCGAGAUUUCACUACAUGAACUCAACGGAUUUUUCACCUUUCUAUGUACAUGUACAAAAUAACUGAUUAAAAUAAUUUUAAAUUAUAAAUAAAAUACUCAUAUUCAAUUUUUUAUUGAUAUUUUUCUUAAAUAAAUGCAGUGAUGUUUAACUUCAACUGUUUUGACGAUCGAUAGCAAUAAUACUGAAUUUCCAAACGUAAACCAAGGUGCAGUUAGGUUGAAAAUCGUGAAAGGAACCUUGUAUUAAGUUUCAAAAAUAUUCAGAUAUUUAUUUUGCGACAUUUGUGUCAAGUUUUCUGUCCCACAUUCAGCAACUACUUCACUAGCUUCAUUGUAUGAUGACAUUCAUUUGGAUUUCAAUGCAAUUCACUCAGAAUUAUUCAUUUGUCGCUUGUCAUUAAUUACAUAUGUAUGUAUUAUAUUUUCGAAUAAGUAAGUAUAUUUAUGAUUUUAUGAAAAUUGAGUAAGGGGUUUCCAUGAGUCUCAAAAAACAUAUGUAGUUAAAAUAUAGUAUGUAAUAUUAAUAUAUUAUAUAAAAAGUCAUAAAAUAUCUUAUAAUUAAAAUUCGCUCUAAGUUUUUAACUAUCUGCACAUAUUUAUAGUUAGCUUUCAGUUAUAUGCAAAUACAUAUGUGUACAUUAUAAGUUCAGUCCAUGUUAAGUUUGUUUGUGUUUACCAUAAAUUUCGAAAAUGAAUUGAAAAGCCUUAAAAUUUAAGUUAAUUGGGUGUAAUAAAUUACAUUAUGAUGAAAUAUAUACACACAAAAAGUCUGUAAAUACAAGGUGUAUCCAAAAGUAACCCAACUUUAUAUUUAAAUCAUAAAACAUGCAGCGAUACGUAUAUCCGUUGAAAAUUUGAAGCAUUAAAAAAUACAUCCAGCCAUCAAACACACCUAACUUCAUAUAAAUCGGAUGACAAAUGUUAAAUUUACCGUAAUUUCAAUAAAAGAAGAAAGGUACAAUUGUUCCAUUUUUACAAAGAGCAAAUACAUUAUUUUGUGUUAAUCGCCCUCACAUACGAAUUGAUGAAAAAGUUCUUGGUUAUGAUCAUAUGAGUAGUACUCAAGUACUCACGAAUUCAAAAUGGUCAUGAGGAUUUAAAUGACGGUCAAGGAUGGCAUAGCAAUCAUGCUAAACUAGCGGAGACAGCCCGUAAAGUAACUUUACAAAACUAUUUGAAUAAUUUUAUCUGAAGAUUUGGGUAAAAGAAAGAUCUGUGUGCAUUUUCCUCUAUAUUAAUAAAAUGAAGAAAAGAGAACGAUUUUUGAUAAAAAAAACGGAUUUCUCUAUCAACCACGAUUCUUAUUUGCCUGAUCUAUCACAAUGAGACUUUUUUCUCUUUCCAAAACUGAAAAUAAACAUGAAGGAAAAUGAAAAGAGCAUUUUUUGAUCAUAUCCCUGAGAAAAAGUUCGGUUAUUUUCAGGAUACACUAUAUACGGAUAGUGGAAAAAAACAAAUGCAUGAAAAACAGUUCCGAGAGGGGUUUAUUGCGUUCAUGCAUUGAAGACAAGGUGCAUAACGUUAUAUUAUUUUAACUAUGGAUUAUUAUAUACAUAUGUACAUAUGUAUGUACAUAUAGACAAUGUAUAAGUACAUACAUAUAGUAGAUAAAUAAAGCACUGAUUUAAGCUCUUUGGACAUUUGGAAAAAGAUACCUUAAAAAAUAUAUGUAGGUACAUAUGUAUAUGUAAAUAAAUAUGUAUUAAAUAAUGUUACUGUCAUUAAAAUACCAGUCAUUCACACGCCAUUAGUUAAAUACGAGUAUAAUACAACAAGUUAGAUUAAAGGGAAAUGUUCUCAAGGUACAUUUGGGAGUGUAGCUACCGAGAAAAUGAGUAGGCUUAAGUUAAUUUAUCUGCACAUGCUGUUAUACAUAUACAUACUAUAUAUGUAUAUAUAUGUAUGAAGUCGUUUGUUAAAAUUUGUCGCGUGGACUGCAUUACAAAGAGAAAGAAAUAAAAAUAAAGCAAAGACACAUAACAUAAAUAAUCACUGUUAUUCCUUUAUUUUUUGAAAUUUAAGCAUUUGCUCAUCAGAAAGAUACACCAUAGGUAACAUAAUAAAUAAAUCUACAAGUACUAUACUGAAUGAGCUGAAAAUAAAAUGAAAACGAAGAGUUACAAAAAACAAAGUUGAAUGUUAAAAUUAAAAAAGAUAUUAAUAAAAA